GACACCGAUGACGAGUCCGAGAACGAUGGCCUGGUUGACGACGGCUCUUCCGACGACUCCGAGGAUGAUGCGCCCCGAAACAGGAUCGGCAAUGUCCCCCUGGAGUGGUACAAAGACGAAGACCACGUGGGCUACGACAUUGCCGGGGAGAAGGUCAUGAGGACGCUCUCUACCGGAGAGAUUGAUGCACUCUUGGAGAGCAAGGACAAUCCAGAUGCAUGGCGCACCAUCAAGGACCACAAGAACCAGCGUGAGGUGGUUCUGACCGAUACGGACCUUGAGAUCAUCCGGCGGAUCCGUUCAAGGAUGUAUCCCAGCGCUGCCACGGACACAACCGAAAUGGUUGAGUUUGACAAUCCUGAGGCCAGGAUACAUCCUGAACGCAAAGCUCAUCCACCAAAGGCGAGGUUCCUUCCUUCCAAAUGGGAGCGGAUGAAGGUCAAAAGGCUCGUGGCGCUGCUUCGCGAGGGGAAGAUUAGGCCUCCGCCACCUCCGGCACCUGAAGUCUGGGACCUGUGGUCGGAUGAGCCCGAAGAACGGCGGCGCCGGGCCCCCCGUCCGCUACCAGCUCCUAAGAUGGCCUUGCCUGGCCAUGCGGAGUCCUACAACCCUCCGCCGGAGUACCUGUUCACGGAGGAGGAGAAGAAGGAAUGGGAAGAGACCUUCGAAGAGGACAGGACAAUCACGCACUUGCCCCAGAAGUACGAUGCGCUUCGCCGCGUACCAGGCUACAAGGACCUCAUCGUGGAGCGCUUCAAGAGGUGCUUGGACCUGUACCUGGUGCCCAGAGCCCUGAAGCAGCGGAUGAACGUGGAUCCUGAGAGCCUGCUGCCAAAGCUGCCCAGCCCGAAGGACCUUCGCCCGUUCCCCACGCACAUCGCGGUGGCCUACGAGGGACACUCUGGCAUGGUACGGGCUGUGGCAGUGGAGGCCACGGGCCGAUACCUGGCCACGGCGUCCUCCGACGAGACCCUGCGAAUCUGGGAGGUGGCCACUGGUCGACCGAUCAGAUCUCUGAAGUUCAGCAGCUCAGUGACAGCUGUCGCGUGGAACCCGCGACACCUGAUCCUCAGCGUCGCGGCCGAAGAGAACGUGUUCUUCCUUGACCCUGGCCUUCAACUGCUGCCGCCACAGGAUGUGCCGGAGAUCGCCGAAGAGGAGCUUCCGGCCACCGUGACAUCCAUGUUGGAAUUCAAGGAGGCGGCCGGGGUGAAGCCGGUGUCGGACGGCAAGGACGACGAGGAGGAGCCGGAGCCGACGGAGGGCGCCAAGGCCCGGGCCGUUCGCUGGCGCCGCGUGGAGCCUGAGUCGGCGGCCUACAAGCUGGGUUGCAGGCUCAGCAUCGCCACGGACGGCGACGUUCAGUUCUUAGUCUGGCACCACAAGGGGAACUACUGCGCGGCGGUGAGCCCUAAGGCAAGGGCGACGUCCAACCAGUGCAUCAUUCACGCGCUGAACCAGCAGAAGUCCAUGCGGCCCUUCUCCAAGCUGAAGGGUGGGCAACAGGUGCAGAGCUGUGCCUUCCACCCAACGAAGCGCCUCGGCGGCGGCGGGCCCACUCUUUGCGCGGCGCUCGCGUCAAGUUUGGAUCACAGGAGGAUCCGCCGGUACUCGCAGAGGGCAGACGACUUCGACAAGGCAGCCGUGCGAAAGCACGCUGCCCACGUGGCUGCAUGGAUCGCGUAUGGCCCCAAAGGCUGGAUUCCAGACAUCAGCGAGCUCCAGCUCCUGAGGAAGUUCAUCGACAGGGUGGGCGGUGGCCUUCUGCCUUCUCGUUUGAUGGAGGUGCUGCCGGAGACGCUGGCUUCGCUACAGCGUGCCGUGGCAACCUGGCAGGCCAGCGAGAUUUGGAAAGAGGCAGAGCAAGAGCUGCAAAAGAGUCUCCUGAAGUUCCGCUGCUGCCGAAGGCCGGCGGACGACGUGGCCGCCGCUCAUGGUGGCGCUGCUGCGGCUCAUGGCGGCGCCGCCGUGCACGACAUGGUUGCUGUUUCCGACGUCGAAUGCGCCGACUCAGGUGGGUUUCAGCUUGAUGCCGGCGAAGUCGUUCAGGUAGACUCAGACGAUGAGCCAGCCCAAUCCUCUACUCAGGCAUCCAGCCAGCACCUGCAGCUUGUCAGCAAGAUGAAUGAAUGGGGCUUCCUGGAUUCCGCUCAAAGGCUGGAGCGCCUCCAGCAAGCGGAGGAGGCGGCCAGGUGCCCCCUGAGGGGGCUUAGCCAGGCCCAGCUGGCCGAGGUCGUCAACACGGCGGCAGCAGCUCUUGCGGCUCCUCGCAAACAGGAACUUGACCCGCAAGGAUCAAGUGAGGCAGCAGCACCUGUUGAUCCACAGCAAAGGCGGGUGCGCAAGCUGCUUCUUCAUGCCUUGCACUUGUGGCGCGCGAAGCAGUAUGACUGCUCCGCGAUAGAGCACGUGCUGGACUUUGUGCAAGGUAAAAUCGAGAAGUUCGAAGACAACGUGGGCGAGAUUGAAGGUGCUGCUGCUGGGGCUAUCUGGUCUUCCAUCAAGCAGGCCGUCAACGACAUGCUCCAGUCUGCCGAAGAGAACGCGCAAAGCGCUGAGCGCGCCUUUCCCGCUGCCAAAGCUGUGGGCCCACGGAACAGGCUGGAACGCCAAAGUGGCAUCCAAGGAAUCAGUUGGCAAAGGUUCGGCUGGAAUGUCUCAUGGCAGGAUGGCAAGCUGAAAAGGAUAUUCUUCUCCGUUACCAAGCUCGUGAAGCAGGGCCUCAGUGAGGAGGCGGCUGUGACAGCAGCCCUGGAAGAGGCCAAGACCUUCCGCGAAGAGCUCGUGCACCAGGGCAAGCUGCAGCCCUCGAAGCCCAGCAAAUCCAUCGGCUCUUUAGUGAGGGGCGUGUUUUUCAGCAAAUGGCAUCAGAAGUGGCGGGUGCGGUUCCCUGAUCCAGCGGGCAUGAAGAAAGGCAUCUCAAGCGGUUACUUCGCUACGAAGGAGCAAGCCGAGGAAAAAGCUCGGGAGAUGGCCCGGCAGUUUGGUGUGCCAGCCGAGACUGAAGUGGUACCGGCGAGGAAGCUUUCGGAUAUGCCAUACUUCGAGCCGCUCGGGGCGCAGAAGGGGGUGCGAUGGAACCUUGGCGAACAGUGCUGGCAUGCCAAGUUCUACUGCCGGACCAGCAAAAAGACCAAGAACAUGCGGUUCCGGCCCAAGGACUUGUCGAAGCAUGAGGUGGCGAAGAUGUGGAAGCAGGCGGUGGCGUGGCGCCAGCAGCAUGUGAAGGAGCAGGAACGAGGCGAAAAUCGUAUCCGAAUUGGCCUGUCGCCGCACUUCCUCGUGGCCACGAUGCGGAGUGUCCGAAUCUACGACUUGCAGAAGCAGACGCAGCUGAAGCAGCUCAUCAGCGGCGCCAAGUGGAUCUCAUCGGUCACGGUGCACCCAACUGGCGAUCAUGUCGUCGUUGGCUCCUACGACAGACGCGUAGUGUGGUGGGACCUGGAUUUUGCGAAGACGCCAUACAAGACGCUGCAGUACCACGACAAGGCAGUGCGUUGCGCGACGUUCCAUCCUGGGAAAUUCCCCCUGCUCGCGGCCUGCUCGGACGAUGCCACGGUGAGCAUCCUCCACGCCAAGGUCUUCUCGGACCUCAUGCAAAGCCCCAUGAUUGUGCCGGUGAAGCGCCUGCGGGACCACAUGACCAACCAGGGCUUCGGUGUGCUUGCCUGCGCCUGGCAUCCCAACCAGCCCUGGCUCUUCACCGCCGGCUCCGACGGCCGAGUCUACCUCUGGGCGUGA